ACUGCUACAGCGACGCGAUGGCGCGCGCCUAGCCGGAGCGCGCACACGGUUCUCUGUGACCCCACCGGCCCCGUCAGCACGCGGAACCCGCUGCGAGCCACUCGAGCUGGAAACUGAGAAACCCGAAGGCGAGCAGGGAAGAGAAGAGAAGAGAAGAGACGCGAAGAAGAGCGCCGGCGUCGUCACGUCGCCCCCAGCCCGUCCCGCAGCCACUUCCUGGGGACUGAACUCCUGCUGCCAUGGACACCCAGCAGCAGAGCCAGCAGGCUGAACUUCCCAUCUUCCAGCCACAGAAGCAGUUACAGCCAGAAAUGGGGCAUAGUGCUCUAGCAAAUUUCCACAUAGAAAAGAAGAUUGGAAGGGGGCAAUUCAGCGAAGUUUACCAAGCCAGGUACUUGCUGGACAACUCAUUGGUGGCACUGAAGAAAGUGCAGAUAUUCGACUUGAUGGACACCAAAGCACGGCAAGAUUGCAUCAAAGAAAUAGACCUCCUUAAGCAACUGAACCAUCCUAAUAUAAUCAAAUAUCACGCAUCCUUCAUUGAAGAAAAUGAGCUUAAUAUUGUCCUAGAACUUGCAGAUGCUGGGGACCUGUCCCGGAUGAUAAAGCACUUCAAGAAACAGAGAAGGCUGAUUCCUGAAAGGACCGUGUGGAAGUACUUUGUCCAGCUGUGCAGUGCCCUGGAACACAUGCACUCCCGGCGCGUCAUGCACCGUGACAUUAAACCAGCUAAUGUGUUCAUUACUGCCGCUGGUGUAGUUAAACUGGGCGACCUGGGACUGGGAAGAUUCUUCAGCUCCAAGACAACUGCAGCUCAUUCUUUAGUGGGUACACCUUAUUACAUGUCCCCGGAGAGGAUACACGAGAUUGGAUACAACUUCAAAUCCGACAUCUGGUCACUAGGCUGCUUACUCUAUGAGAUGGCAGCCCUCCAGAGUCCCUUCUAUGGAGACAAGAUGAAUCUGUACUCACUGUGUAAGAAAAUAGAGCAGUGCGACUACCCACCGCUGCCCGCACACCAUUACUCAGAAGAGCUCAGAAAGUUAGUAGAUAUGUGCAUCAACUCGGACCCUGAGAAGAGGCCUGAUAUCACCUACGUGUACAACGUCGCCAAACAGAUGAAGGCCCUCAUGCUCGGUGGUUCACAGUAAAAGUGUAUAUUUUCUCCUCCUAUAUUCAAGAUCUGCUUUCGCAACACAAGAUCAACCAAGUAGUUUAACAGCGUAACUGAGAAAUUCAGUAUAAUUUGAAUAGUUUUUUUUUUUUUUUUUUACAUAUUACUUCUGGGCUCUUGUUAUGAACCAAAGCAAUCCAUUGUGUGUGAAUGUCAUUGUCUAUCAUUUCCCGUACUGUACAUCCUGAUCUACGUAAGGAUGUCUAAUCUUCUGUGUAACACUGAGAAUUAAAAUUAAUUUUAGAGAUUUAUUUUUCAUUUGCAUCGUGUCACCACAUGCUAAGGUGGAAACAAGUUAAUCAUGUAGACCAGGGUUUUCAUAGUGUCACACUGUUUAAAUAAUCAAUUAAUCUCUGAAGAAGAACAACCUACCCUGCCUUUUACAGGUAAAAAUAGCUGUUCACCCUUCAUUUAAUCAGUGAAUUUCUUAAAUAUUGAUCAAUCUGUUGAGUGCUGAAAAACCAUCUGGUCUUCCAGGACAUUGUGGCUCAGCACUGGUUGGGUCUCUGCAGAAGUGCUCAACUGUAAAUGUUGCCAGCUCUACACAUAGUAGGCUAUGAAUAUAAAUUACCAAAAAAAAUCAGUUUUUAGUCAAGUCUUUCUGCACAAGCCAUAUUUCA